AUGGCUGACUCAGUAUCAGCUUCGCCAGCCUUUGCACACCAAGGGCCGUCUGAGGCGUACAUGCAGGCCAAUAAGGGCCCAGGAGUCAUAGCCGUCAUCACCACCAUCGUGGCCAUCAGCACCGUCUUUGUGUUUGCCCGUCUCUUUGUGCGGACGAGGAUACUGGGAAAAGUGGAGGUGGAUGAUUGUUUGAUCCUUCUUGGAUUAGCAUGUGCGUGGAUCUGCGUCGGCAUGACCAUCGCCUCGGUGUACCAUGGUUUCGGCAGGCACUUUGACGUUUUACCCCUUGAUGGAAAACAGCAGAUGAUCAAAUGGGCCUUCUUCAGCUUCACGCCCAGCAUCCUCGCCUUCACCAUUCCCAAGUUCGCCGUCGUGACUCUGCUGACGCGGCUACUGAACCCGGCCCGGUGGCAUCGUGUUUUUCUCUGGUUGCUGGUCAGCACUUGCCAGGUGGCUAUCCUUGGCUGCGCCGUCAUUUUGUUUGCCCAGUGCACGCCCUCGCGGGCACAAUGGGACUUCUCGAUUACCAAUGUCAAGUGCUGGAGUCCGUGGUUGUUGGUGAGGUAUUCGAUGGUUGCUGGAUGUUUCUCCGCCUUGACGGAUCUUUACCUCGCCGUUUACCCCACCAUCGUCCUCUUCAAACUGCAGAUCAACAACAAGAAGAAGAUCGCCCUCUGCUCCGCCCUGAGCAUCGGAUCCGUCUCGGCAAUCGUGUCCCUCUACAAAUCCACUCGUCUCCCUUCGCUCGCCGGAGCUGAUUUCUCCUGGGAUACCACCGAUCUGGUCAUCUGGUCCCUCAUCGAAGGCAGCACCAUCAUCAUCGCCUCCUGCAUUCCCCUCCUCCAACCCCUUCUCGACGUCCUCAUGGGCCGCCGCACCCUCUGCAGCACCCCCCGAUCAGGCGGCUACAACAAUUCCAGCGGAGGAGGCCACGGAGUCUAUUACGGGGGUCGUCGGCACACUCACUUGUCAACCACGCGGGACAGCUACCACAAGCAAUUAUGGUCCAAGUCCAGAUCUCCCAAAUCCACCGUUGACGAUGUGGAACUCCAAGCCGGCGGCGGCGCCUCCAUGUCCAUGUCCAUGUCCAAGAACAUAAAGUCACCAAAGAAUGCUGCGGAACUACAAGAUGAUGAUGACUUGCUGGUCGUGACGACGCCGGCAACGGCAGCCGAGUCAGAGACUUAUUUUGCUGUUGAAGUGGGAGUCGGAGGAGACAUGGGGGAUGGGUUACGGUAUAGUCAUGAUGCAAAGGCCGAAAGUCAGGAGAGUAUCUUGAUUUUGAUGGGUCAUCGUGGGCAGGACAUGGAGGAUCACAAUGGGCUUGAGCAUGAUGACGAGGGAAAUGGACAGUUGCAGCCGCAAAUGCGCACAGGGAAUCAUGGAAUGGUAGAUGACAGAACACGGUCCUCGGUGGCGACGAUGAUGUCGGGGGUCGUGAUUUCGCAGGGGCAGGGGCUUGAGACGGAGCCUGCUGGUGGUGGUGGAAGGGGGGUUAUCUCUCGUACUCCCACUCCGAUGGGAAUGAUCAUGAGGACGCAAGAGGUUACGAUGACGGUGGAACAGACGACGCAAGGUGGUGGUGGUGGGUUUGAUGCUGGGCAUGGUACGGGUGGUGGUGGUGAUAUGCCUGCUUACCCUGCUAGGACGGCGAGUUUGAGGUGGUAA